AUGGCUAAGGCAUAUGAUAGCAUUGACUGUGACUUCUUAAUUCAUGUUAUGGCUUCAUUUGGGUUUUCUAUGAUACUCUGUGAUUUGAUCAGAAAUUGUAUCUCGACUCCUUGGUUCUCUGUGGUUAUGAAUGGUUCGGCAAAAGGGUUUUUCUCAAGUGGACAUGGCCUGCGUCAAGGUGAUCAUCUGUCACCAUACUUGUUUAUUCUCGUCAAAGAGGUGCUCUCCAGAUUGUUAAAGCAGAAGUUUGCUGAUGAGUGGUCUGGUCAGGUGGUGAGCAAUGGAAAAUCCUAUAUUUUCUUUUCUAAACAUGUGACUGCUGCUCGGAAAAGGAAUCCUCUACUGUUGACUUCUUGCUCUGAAGGUUUUUUUCGGGUUAAAUACUUGGGUGUGCCUCUUAAGGUAGGCCGGCUAAAAAUUUCGCAUUUUGAUGAUUUAUUGAAUUGCAUUCGACGGAAAUUGGACAGAUGGCAGAAUCGGUUUUUAUCUUCUGGUACUCGCCUUCUUUUAUUGAGACAUGUUUUUGCUAGUAUACCAAUUCAUUUGUUCCCUAUGUUGCAUGCUCCUAAGGCUGUUAUGGCAGCUGUAAAUUGCUCGAUGAGUAAUUUGUUUUUGGGAUCCUGGAAUAGAAAACAAAAGUGCAAGUGGGUUGCUUGGCACAAAGUUUGCGCACCGACUCAGGAAAGGGGUUUGGGUCUUCGAAAAUCAGAGGAAGUUCAAGAUUCUCUAUUUAUGAAGCUUGCUUGGAACUUACAGACAGGCGAUGCUAUAUGGGCUAAUUUCUUCAAGCAUAAAUAUUUGGAGGCGUGUCUCUUGACAGCUGGGGAUGCCGUAUCACCUGAAGAGAUCAUGGAGAGCGCCUAUGGAAUUAUGGUUUCGGUGAGCUGCUUAUUCGACUCAAAAAGAUGUAAAGCUUGUAUGGAAGGUGAAAGAAUUUCUUUGGGCUUGUUAUGGGGUUCGAUUAAGGCUGUUAUUGCAUGA